AUGCCCCACACUCAGUACGUGGUGGAGGUGCAAGCUGUCAAUGCCCAGGGCGCUGGCCCGGCCUCGAUCACAGUCACGAGCUCGACGCUAGAGGAUGUGCCCUCCGCCGCCCCUACUGCUCUCCGAUGCGCGCCCAUGACCGCCCACAGCGUCCUAGUGUCAUGGGAUCCACUCGCCCCCGCCCUCGCCCGUGGAGAACUAUUGGGCUACCGUGUCCUCUACGCCCCCGCGGAGAGAACGAGCGAACUGAGCGGAGAAACGACCAAUUCCGUGAGCGUGGCUUUGCGAGGCUUGCGACCCCACACGAACUACUCUCUGCAGGUCGUCGCGUUUACUAGAGUUGGGGAUGGACCUGCGAGCGAUCCCGUUUUCUGUUCGACCGAAGAAGAUGUCCCAGGACCCCCAGCGGGCGUGAAGGCAGCUAUUUCUGGGCGGGGGACAAUGGUGGUGUCUUGGCUGCCGCCCACGAACAGUAAUGGGCGUCUCCUGACCUACACAGUCACCACCAGGGGCAGGGACGUCAAGAGGGCCGUCGUGCGCGCCCCCUCCACCAGACACGAGGUGGUGCUUCCUUCGAGCUCCGGCAGCAUCCAGGUGUCCGUGGCUGCAAGCACUCGGGUAGGAGAGGGACCCCCCUCCCCGCCCGUCACCAUAGCGCUGUCCACUACAGUGCCGGCGCGGGUGGUGUCCUGGGGCGGCGUGACGGGCGUGCACUGGGAGGAGGACGUGAGCCUGAGGUGCGAGGCCGUCGGAAUUCCUCCGCCGGGAAGGACGUGGUACCGCGACAACAUCAUCAUCAACGACGCGACAAAUAAGAGGGUAUCAAGUUACCCGGAUGGAACAUUGGUAUUGCGGGACGUCCAGCGGAAGGACUCUGGGAACUAUACCUGCAGAGUUACCAAUACCCAUGGAGAGGAUCAUAUUACCUACGUGCUGAGUGUCCAAGUGCCCCCACAGCCCCCCCAAAUCCACGUGACCAGAACGGGGGCCACCACGCUGACCGUAGCCUGGCGGACGGGUGACAGCGGAGGAGCACCGUUGCUCGGCCUCACUAUUUCGUACAAGCGGGACUACGGCGAGUGGCAGGAGGAGACAGUGCCGCCCACGCAGACAUCCCAUGAGCUAAGGGGGCUGGCGUGCGGGAACCAUUACGAUCUGUACGUCACGCCUUAUAAUAAGGUAGGAGACGGGCGCCCCUCGGAGAACCUCCGCACGAAGACAGCCGGGUCCCCACCCCUCACGGGCGGGCGCGAGGGCGUGGUCAUCGCCAACACCUCGUGGGCGGCGGUGAGUCUGGCCAAGUGGAGCGACGGAGGGUGUCCGAUCAGCCAUUACAGCGUGGCUUAUCGGCGAAGCAGCAGCACCACCUGGGUCGUAGGUAAGGGUCUGCGUCCCUCGCGUUUUGGGGUCGUGUGGGUCGAGGUAGGUGUAUCUGAGACGGUGGACGGAAGUAGGCCUGUAGAAUUGGGAGGUCUUAAUCCUUCUACUGCCUACGUGGUGAGUGUCACAGCCCACAAUUCUGCAGGGAGCACAGUGCAGGAGUAUCCCUUCACCACAGCUGCACUCAACGGAGGAAUUUAUAAUGUGCUAACUUGA